AUUCCCUUAUUGUAGUAUUCUGCUGACAUGAAUUUUAAAAGUUUUUUCCCACUUCACCCCUAGUUCCAGCUUCAAGUACAGUGACCACCUGCAUGACGUGUACUUAACCUAGCUAUUUUAAAGAUUUUGAUGCGAGAUUUGAAUUUUUCCGAUUGUGGGGCCAUUGUUCUGUCUGAUGUUCACGUAACAAGCUCUCAUUUUGAGGGCUAACAAGCAAGAAUCCAGCCCAGAGUGCUCACGUUUUUACAUUUCACUCCAGUGACGCUCUCAUGCUUUCAGACGAAUAGCACUGCCGUUUCCAUGGCACCGCAUCAGCCAAGACAAGCAAGAAAAAUAAAAUAUGUAUUUUACUUAUCAUGUAUUAGUCACGUGAUGAACGAAAGCCGUCUCGAUAAGCUGGAACGAAGAGAACGCUCCCUUGCACUUUACCUUCCUGUACAGUGUGAUAGUUUGCAGAUGUUGCACGUGAAUAUCACGUGACAAACACGUGCACGUCACGUGCACGACACAUGACAACGCAUGUGCUGACGCAGACAAGCAAUGAGCUGCUAUUGGUCAUCGUCCACUCAAUGCCGUCCGCGGAUUUGUUUGUUUGUUCCACAUGUCAUAACAACUUUUAAACUUACGUGCAAUCAAUUCUCUCAUUCAGUUUCUUGCUCGCUCCGCUAGGUGGCUCGUCCUGUGCUGGUUUUUCAGUAUCUUGUGCCAAAGUGGCAGACUUUUAACAUCUGACUUUAGCUCUGUAUAACUAGUUGUUACAGCAGCUACUAGUACUACUCUGCUCAGCUAUACCAUUUGCUCUAUUACUGUUAGCUGUACAGUCUACGGCCCUUAUUUUCCCACAACCAACAAAACGGAGUGUGACGUAAAAUUAAAAUUUGCUUUCAGUUCUCCUCGCCCUUUAAAAGGGUCUUGGCUUCUUCUUUUGUCCUGGCCGAUGAACGGAUGAAUAAUUCUUGGCUCCUCCUUUUCUUUUUUCUUCUUUUCUUGUAGAACACUUGAUUUAACUUUCCAUUUGCGUUACGCUUGUGCUCUGCAGAAAAGAUCAAGCACAGUAUGCAGAGUUAAUGUUCUAUCAGUUUUCAAAUAUUCCGUUGACCCGAUUUAAAUUUUCAACACUCGUACACACCUGCAAACAACUGAAAUGGCAAGCAUUGCUAUUUAAGUUUUAAUUAUAAUUUAAAAUUUACGCAACUGCGUGGAAAUUUAAAACUAGGUGCAUAGUUUCAGAACGGGUCACAUUGGAAAAUUUUCGAAUCAAGCAUCAAGAUUCUUGGACUUAUUUAUCAACUCUCAAGCAUAUAGUUGCAGUUUGAUAAGUAGCUCCUUAAAAUUUACCGUCACAUCUUCUCAUCGCUUGAUAUAAUUUUUUAGUCUUACAGUGUUCCAUAACUGUCUAUAAUCCUACAGGUUAGGUAAGAUGGCUAAUAGAAAGGCUUGCUAUGGCAGCAAUAAGGCGUUCGCCGCUGAUAUGAAGAAGAUGGUCAACAAUCCUUUACUUAGUGACGUACAAUUUGUUGUCGGAGAAGAAAGGAAACAAGUUUUUGGCCACAAAUCCAUCCUAUCUCCAAGAUGCGAGGUGUUCAAGGCUAUGUUCGCCCAAGCUUCAGAUUCAAAGCCAAAGCUGGAAAAUGGAGCGCAUGUUUUUGUUCUAUCUGACACACAGCCCCAUAUAUUCCUAGCUGUGAUAGAGUUUAUUUAUACUAAUAGGUGUUAUUUAGACGCCUGUAAUGUUACAGACGUUCUGACAGCAGCUGUAGAGUAUGGUAUUGAGGACCUCAAGAAACUGUGUAUCGACUUCUUCAAAUCCACCCUCACCGUGGAUACUGUCUGUGAAGCUCUCCAGGCAGCUAUCUCCUACAAUAACUCUGAUCUUAAGAAAACUUGCCUCGGAUUCGUCGAGAGGAACACACUUGGAGUAUUCAAAAGCAGGACCUUUGUUGAGAUGUCAGAAGAAUCUCUGUCCUUUGUCCUGCAGAGCGACAAGCUCAAGGCGGAUGAGAGUGAAGUGCUCAACGCUGUCAAGGAAUGGUCUACUGUUAACGCUGUAAUCACUGGUUCGUCGAUGAAGGAUGUUGCAAGGAAGGUUAUCAAUCACGUCAGAUUCUCCCUUCUCGACCCAGAAUACCUCAACUUGGUGGAGAAAGAAAACGAACUCAAGCCAUUCAUACCUAUUCGACUCCUCUCGGAAGCCUGGAGAUCACACGCACUCCAAGACAAAGACUCAAACAACCCACAACUGCGUCCCCGAGCUGGAACUCUCCCUCACGACGCACUCGCCCGCAAACUCGCCAGAUCUCAGGGAUGUCGAUCCGAGCAAGAUUAGGAAGGAACCGCCGUUCCAAACGAACAUUUUGACGCUUUGGGUCCACCAUCAAAAUCGUGUUGUUGUAUUCAUAACAUGGUGCUGUUAUUUGUCAUCUGGUGUGCACGUGUAGUUUGGCUGCGCACGUGCAGUUUAACGCCUUCAGCACGUGCAGUUUGCCUAGCCCUAAUUGCUGCCUCGUUACUCAUAUCGCGCAUAGCACAUUGUUUCUUGAAUAAAAUAAAUCAAUCAUUUGAUUCAUGGACUUUUGUCACUCACUAAGACCACAUUUGUGUGUGUCAUACUAAUUGAACUGAAUUUCACACUAGAUUUUUUUGCCGCAUAAUUAAUUUACCAUAUAUAUUUGUCACAUCUCGACAUCCGAAUUUUUCACUAAUCUCCAUGCCAUAAUUUUUCAUCUUUAAGCUUAAAAGUUUAAGUAUUUGAACGGCUUUACAAUAUAUUUAAUCAUUUAAUAUUCAUUUACUAUGUACAUAAUUAAUUACUGAUGUGUAAAUUGAUGGAAUACGGUGUGUAUGAUAGUUAUGCCUGAUGUAAAGAUUUUCAAUAUAAUCCAAAGAAAA